AUGAGGAGCACCACCACCUUCUUCCUCCUCUCGCUCGCCAUCCUGGUGGGCACAUCACUAGCGGCAGAUGCGUCCCAGGAGGCUCAGCUCAGCAAGUUCAUGGCGUCCAGAGCCCUGAAGAGACUGGCAAGAAGGUCCAACGCAAACGAGCCUGCCGAAACCGACCCAUGGAUCGACCCCAGCACCUUCGCCCACCUGCCCGAGCGCUGCAAGAGCCCGCCGAGCGGCAGCAAGGAGGCCGACAGGGUCGCGGGGCUCCCCGGCCAGCCGCCGCGCGUCAACUUCGGCCAGUACUCCGGGUACGUGACGGUGAACGAGGAGCACGGCCGCGAGCUGUUCUACUACUUCGCCGAGUCCCCCUACGACGCGGCCUCCAAGCCGCUCCUCCUCUGGCUUAACGGAGGGCCGGGGUGCUCGUCGCUGGGAUUCGGGGCGAUGAAAGAGCUCGGCCCGUUCCGCGUCAACCCCGACGGCAAGACCCUGAGCAGGAACAAGCACGCCUGGAACAACCUGGCUAACGUGAUCUUCCUGGAGUCUCCGGCGGGCGUCGGGUUCUCCUUCUCAAGGAACGCCACCGACUACAACACCGUCGGCGACCGGAGGACCGCCGAGGACACGUACGUGUUCCUGGUCAAGUGGCUCGAGAGGUUCCCCGAGUACAAGGGUCGCGAUUUCUACGUCGCUGGAGAGAGCUACGGCGGCCACUACGUCCCGGAGCUUGCCACCGUCAUCACGUUCAUGAACCGCUUCCCGGGCCAGCGGACUCCCAUCAACCUCCAAGGCAUCUUCUUUGGCAAUCCGUUGCUCGAUGAUUACCUGAACGGGAAGGGGAACCUGGAGUUCCUGUGGAGCCACGGCGUGAUCUCCGACGAGGUCUGGGCGAAGAUCCUCGCCAACUGCAGCUUCAGCGCGUCCGACGACUGGCCGUGCUUCGUGGCGGCGCACUCGUUCCAGAAGGGGAACAUCGAUAGAUACAACAUCUAUGCUCCGGUCUGCCUCCAGUCGCGCAAUGGCACCUACUACUCCAGCAGCUACUUACCCGGCUACGAUCCGUGCAGCUACUACUACAUCGAGCCAUACCUUAACAAUCUCGAGGUGCAAAAGGCUCUGCACGCCCGGAUCAACACAAACUGGUCAGGUUGCAAUGAAGACUUGGCCUGGAACGAUGCCCCAGAGUUCAUGGUACCAAUCAUCAAAAGGCUGGUCGAUCAUGGGCUACGAGUAUGGAUUUAUAGUGGUGAUUUCGAUUCCAAAUGCUCACUUACCGCGACGCGGUACUCCGUCAAGGAUCUCAACCUAACCGUGACGAAAAAGUGGCGCCCCUGGUACACCCAUGACAGCGAGGUCGGAGGCUAUGUUCAGCAGUACCAAGGAGGUUUCACGCUGGCGUCAGUGAGGGGAGCUGGCCAUAUGGUUCCCACUUUCCAGCCUAAGAGAUCACUUGUUCUGCUCUACGCUUUCCUGAAGAACAUGCUCCCACCUGCUGACAUCCCAUACUUAUUCUGA